UUGUGGUUGAUAAGCAUUUAGGGUUCUUGUCAGAAGUGGAUCCUGCGGUUGUUGGUGAAUCCGGCAGAAUCGCUGUGGAGUUUCUGAAAAAGGGCUCAAACCCUAAAAUCUAUGAGGGAGCUGCACGGAAGCUGAAUGUGUGGUCAGGGAGCGUGCAGCAUGGCCUGGAGGGCUUGAUGUACCUGCUCACAGAGAGCUGCAAGCUAACGAUUUCGGAGGAGGAUUUCCAGGACUCUGUGCUGGUGCUGGGAUUCUCAGAGGAGCUCACUGAACUUCUGCUCCAGCUGUAUUUAGAGAACAGGAAGGAGAUCCGGCAGAUUCUCAGCAAACCCGCCCCCAGCCUCCCGCAUUACCACAGCCUGGAGUGGAGGCUCGAUGUGCAGUUGUCCAGCCGGCCGCUCCGGCACCAGCUGAAGCCCACCGUGACCCUGAAGCUCCACCUGGAGGACGGUGCGAGGCGCAGCGCCCAUGUCCUGCAGACGGAUCCAGCCACGCUGCAGCAUCUCAUUGAUGAGCUGGAGCGAGCGCUCGCAGAGCUCAAGAGCAGCCACUGCCGCCGCAUCCUCCACAACAUCCAAUAGAAGCACUCCACUGUAUGACACUACAGCCGUUCACUCGGGAUCAGACUUGUUUGCAUGAAUCUGACGGUAAACCAGUGAUGCUCCACUGGCGCUCCAGAUGUUUCUCAGAGACCAAUCGAUGCUGAUUUUUUUGUUUCAUUUGUGCCAUAAGUAUUAACCCCAUGAUGUAAACCCAGCAACACAUGCAUCUUUUGGACCAAGUUAUUGAACGUCAUAUCCAUUUUAUGCACUUAUUUUGAGAGGAAAUCUUCAGAACUCUGCAAAAAUAAAAGCUCUGAAAGUGCCACACUUUAAUGUGUAAGCUCUCAGAGCAGAAUGAUAAUGAGGUUAGAUGAGCAUUAAACUGCCUGUUUCCUCGUUGCACUGUUAACAUUUGAACAUGUAAUAAAAUCAUAAUCCUUCAAAUGUAACAUGUAUGAUUUUAUGGAUGCAAUAAAUGCAAAAACAGG